UCUCUUGUGUCUCUUACUCUUUCCCAUCCCCAGCCAGUAGUCCAAUCUCUCUCUGUAUCGCUUCCCACGGCGGUCAACGGCUCGAUGCUUCACCAAACCGCUACACAGUGAACGCUGUCACUCACAGCGCGAGCGGCUGGUUUUCUGAGAGCUGAGAAGAGCGGUUUUCCGAUCUAGUUAGGCGGUUUUUCGGGCGGUAUUGUUCGGUAUGGGGCCGACGGGAGGGAACCAGAGGACUUACUCGGCGAAUCACAACGACUACAAGCUUCUAGAAGAGGUAGGGCAUGGAGCGAGCGCUACUGUCUACAGAGCAAUCUAUCUUCCUUUCAACGACGUCGUGGCCGUCAAGUGCUUGGAUCUCGAUCGCUGCAAUAGCAAUCUGGAUGACAUGCGUAGGGAGGCUCAAACAAUGAGCUUGAUAGAUCAUCCUAAUGUUGUUAGGGCAUAUUGUUCAUUUGUUGUUGAACGGAACCUUUGGGUGAUCAUGCCAUUCAUGGCAGAAGGUUCUUGUUUGCAUCUCAUGAAGAUAGCAUAUUCAGAUGGAUUUGAAGAAGCUGCUAUUGGUUCUAUACUAAAAGAAACUUUGAAGGCUUUGGAGUACCUUCAUCGACAAGGACAUAUUCAUAGGGAUAUUAAGGCUGGAAACAUACUACUUGACAGUAAUGGGGUGGUAAAGGUCGCUGAUUUUGGUGUUUCAGCCUGCAUGUUUGACGCAGGUGAUAGACAACGUUCAAGAAAUACUUUUGUAGGGACUCCAUGCUGGAUGGCUCCAGAGGUAUUGCAGCCAGGAAGUGGAUAUAAUUUCAAGGCUGAUAUUUGGUCAUUUGGUAUAACGGCACUGGAGUUGGCUCACGGUCAUGCUCCAUUCUCAAAAUAUCCUCCAAUGAAGGUUCUCCUGAUGACCAUCCAGAAUGCCCCUCCGGGACUUGAUUAUGAUCGUGAUAAAAAGUUCUCUAAGUCUUUUAAAGAAAUGGUUGCAAUGUGCCUGGUGAAAGAUCAAGCAAAGAGGCCAACAGCAGAGAAAUUGUUGAAACACUCCUUUUUCAAGCAGGCAAAGCCUCCAGAGCUUUCUGUGAAGAAAUUAUUCGAUGACUUGCCACCCCUUUGGAGUCGUGUAAAAGCCCUCCAGCUUAAAGAUGCGGCACAAUUAGCUCUGAAGAAAAUGCCUUCAGCAGAACAAGAGGCACUAUCACAGAGUGAGUACCAACGAGGAGUCAGUGCCUGGAACUUUGAUAUUGAGGAUUUAAAAGCACAAGCAUCAUUGGUUCGAGAUGAUGAUGAUAUGUCAGAGAUGAGAGAAGAAGAUUUUCGCAUGAAGUAUUUUGUCGGUGAGAAGGAUUCAACUGAUUGCCUAUCCCGUUUGGGGAAAUUGAACUUAAACAAUGAAUUGGCGCAGCCCGAGUGCAGAGGACGAACUAGUGGUGAAGAAUUACCACAGAUUGACUGCUUGAAUAGAAAGGAAAAGAUUGUGGAUGGUGAUUCAUUGGAAUAUGGAUGCCAAGAGAAAGUUGUUUGGAAGAAGAAUGGUUCAAGCGUUGAGGCAUCAUCAUCCACAUCAGAAAAGGACAUGGUACAGGCCAAGACUAAAACCCAAAUGGUGCAAAGUCGUCAAACUCAGAGUGGCCCACUCACGCCUGGUGCUGUGCUUAGUCAUUCAUUAUCAGAGAGAGUGCGAAUCUCUGAAAGGAGUGAGAAUGAAAUUCAACCAUCUACUGAGAAAGUGUUCCGUGAGGUACGGCGGGCACCAAGCUUUAGUGGUCCUUUGAUGCUACCAAACCGAGCUUCGGCAAACAGUUUAUCAGCUCCAAUAAAGCCUACUGGGGGAUUCAGAGAAUCUUUAGAUGACAAGUCAAAGGCUAAUCUGGUGCAAAUUAAAGGAAGAUUUUCAGUAACAUCAGAGAAUUUAGAUCUUGUAAAGGAUAUUCCAUUAAGUACAGUUCCACGUCGAUCUUCUCAGGGGUCUCCACUAAAAAAGUCUGCUAGUGUUGGUGAUUGGAUUUUUGACUCCAAACAAAUGCCUAUUAAUCAGUCGCCAAAGGAGUUUAGCAAUAGUAAUUUACCUGCAUCACUUCUCAUGCCUCACCUUCAGAAUCUAUUUCAGCAGAAUGCAAUUCAACAGGAUCUUAUAAUGAAUCUGUUGAAUAGUCUGCAAUCAGCUGAGGUAGCAGAUGCUACUCAAAAUGGAAAGUUGCCCCCAUUGCCUCGCUGUUCAGAGAACAAUGGAAUUAUUGAAACAGCAGCUUCUGAGAGGGAGCGUUUACUACUUAUCAAGACCUCGGAGCUUCAAGCUAGGAUGAUCAAUUUGACGGAUGAGCUGACUGCUGAAAAGUUGAAAUACAUGCAAUUGCAACAGCAGCUAAAUACUGUAUCCAGUCAGGAAGAAAAUGGCGAGAGGAGGGAAGGGGAUGCCUGAAAUUCACAGGUUCUGGUUAGUGUAAAGUGAAAUUAACAGUGUACAUCCAGGCAAGAGCUGUAAAUCAUAUGCAGAAAGUGUUUUCUACAUUCUUUGCCCGUGCCAAAAUGGAACUGUUUUGGCUAUUGAAAGCAGUUGAUAGAAGCAAGCGUGGCAAUCCAAGUGUCUGGAUCUCUUUUGCCACCGUGUUUAAUAUAAGUUUCUUUGAAGAUUUCAGGCACCAAAGAUGAUAAGCAAAAGUUCGAAGUCCUUCAGCUGCUCUCAUACAAAUAGAAAUGAACUCCUCUCCUGCAGUUUCAUGUUGGAAGUUGGCAGUUGAUUCUUUUUCCUUCUCAUUUCUUGCUCGAUAGUCCUCAUGAAAAUGGGGAAAGUUAUGGGUGUUGGUUUAUAAUUUUUAGUUUUCCUAAUUAUAAUAUUAAUGUAUUUUGUGUAAAAUAAGAUUUAUGAUCUUGUAAAUUUGGGAUGGUUUAUUAUUUCUAUUUUCUUUUUCA